CUCUACUAACACCUCGAUCUAUAAAUGACAAAAGUGGGAAAGGUGACGAUCAUUAUUGUUGGUCCCGUUCUCGCCGAUAUCUUCCUGCUGCUUAUGGGCAUCCUGGGCUGCGUUAAACAGACCAACGCCAUCUCUAACGCCAUCGGCGGCCUGCUGGCUGAUGUCAUUUCGCGUAUCACCUUCAACCUGCAGAGCUUCACCACCAAUAACCUCCUCUGCUUGAUGCUGACGGGGUCGCCUGGCAUCUGAG